UGUACGUCGUACGUGUAGUACGUGAGCUGCCGUAUAACCACCAUUCAAAGUGAAAUUUAAUUCACUUACCCUCGUGAAACACGUGUUUUCGAUCGCGUCGAAGUCAACAAGCCUAGUGCAAAAUGCCGCUCGCCAAGGAUUUCCUGCACCCGUUGCCCGCUGAGGAGAAGAGGAAGCACAAGCUGAAGCGCCUGGUGCCGCAUCCGAACUCGUACUUCAUGGACGUGAAGUGCCCCGGUUGCUACAAGAUCACCACCGUCUUCAGCCAUGCCCAGAGCGUAGUUGUCUGUGCCGGCUGCUCGACCAUCCUGUGCCAGCCGACCGGUGGCAAGGCGCGCCUGACAGAGGGCUGCUCCUUCCGUAGGAAGCCGUAUUAAGAAAAUAGAAACAACCCCACUACCUGUGAGGGCGGACGAUUGAUAUUCCGACCGAGUGAAUGUUGCGGGAGUGCACCACCAUCGAAGGGGUUUACAUUUUUCCAUCAUCGUUUCAUGGCGGAGCCUCCGGCCAGAGAGCAGCAGCAGCUAGCAUUCGUUCGGUCGUAUGGAUGCGCAUGAAAUCCCGCAUCCGGAAUGUAUUCAUACCGAAACGGAGAAAAUAAAUCAUCAAUGUUGAUCGUCUGAA